AUGGCUGCAGGAGAAGCAGCAUUUGCAUCUGUUCAUGGCGCGAAUAGACUUGGUGCAAAUUCACUUCUUGAUAUUGUUGUUUUUGGCCGAGCUUGUGCAAACAGAGCUGGCGAGAAGCUGAAACCGCUAGAGAAUGAUGCGGGUGAGAAGAGUAUCGAAUGGUUAGACCGAAUAAGGAACUCAAAUGGGUCACUUCCAACUUCUAAAAUCCGUUUAAACAUGCAAAGAGUAAUGCAAAACAAUGCUGCUGUCUUCCGUACACAAGAAACACUAGAGGAAGGUUGUCAUUUGAUUGAUAAGGAAUGGGACAGUUUUGGUGAUGUCAAAGUGAAAAAUCGGAGUUUGAUAUGGAACUCGGAUUUGAUAGAAACUAUGGAGUUGGAGAAUCUAUUGAUAAAUGCAUGUAUAACAAUGCAUUCUGCUGAGCUAGGAAAGAGAGUCGAGGAGCGCAUGCUCGUGAAGAUUUCACGAAACGUGACGAUGAGAAUUGGAUGA